ACUGGGACCCUGCAGCAAGUGUCCUGAAAAAAAACCCUCUCAUUCAGCUGAAUAAGGGGCCUUCAACCCUUUGCACUGAUAAACCAUUAUCAACCCCUCCCCAUUCACAAACCCUCUCUGCUGUCCCAUAGACCCUCCUCUAUUGCAAGCAAAGUGAAGUCUUGGAAUCGCAGAGCUGUUGCCAUAGCAGCCACCUCUCUCACCCCCACUCCCACCAUCAUGGAAUUAUCCCAUUCUCAAGUGUCCUGUUGUGUCUAUUAAUACCAGACUCCCCCGCCCCCCAGCACAAUACCCCUUUCCAACCCUCUAAAAUAAUCACAGAACUCCAAAGAGUCAGUGUAAAAGACUAGGGGGUUCAGAGAGACUUUAAGAAGCAGGACAAACACUGAAAUAUUCAAAAAUAUAAGAGCAGCAGCAGCGGUUCACCCCUUCCAAGGCUUCAGCUGGAAUGAAAACUGCCUUUCUUUGCAAGUGUGCCAUCUCCUCUCCUCUUUUGUGUGAGCUGAUAAUGCAUUAUCAGAGCUAGCAGGACUCUAUAUAGAGGGACUCUCUCUUCCACCCUCACUAAGUCUGAAACGGUCUGCUCUUUCUGAAUCAUCAGAUGGCUUUCAGCUUUGACGCUUCCCCUUGAUUUGCUGGUAUCAGAAGGAGCUCCCAGAAAUUUACUCUAGAAGGACUUUGCCCUUCACCGGUAGGACUGUGUCAUCAAGAGGUCCCUGGCUGGUGCUCCAGAGCUGUAGUGAGGAAUGAAUGGUCCAGCAGAUCCUUCAAGCCUAUUCCUCAACUCCUCCCUGGAAACUUCUGAACAAUGUGGCAAAGAGACUCAUACAGAGAACAUCCUUUUUGCCACUUUUUAUCUCCUGGAUUUCAUCCUGGCUUUUUUUGGCAAUACCUUGGCUCUUUGGCUCUUCAUCCGGGACCAAAAGUCAGGCACUCCAGACAAUAUUUUCCUGAUGCAUCUUGCUGUGGCUGACCUGUUUUUUGUGCUGGUUCUACCCACCCGGCUAGUAUAUCACUUUUCUGGCAAUCACUGGCCAUUUGGCGAGAUCCCAUGUAGACUCAUUGGCUUCCUUUUUUAUCUCAAUAUGUAUGCCAGUAUCUACUUCCUCAUGUGCAUCAGCAUUGACCGCUUCCUAGCCAUUGUGCACCCUGUGAAGUCCAUUAAACUCCGCAGGUCACUUUACGCCCAUUUGGCAUGUGCCUUUCUUUGGGUUAUAGUUGCUGUUGCAAUGACGCCUCUGUUGGUCAGUGUGCAGACAGCUGAGAUGAACAACACGACUGUCUGCCUACAGCUCUACAGAGAGAAGGCAUCACGCCAUGCUCUCGUGUCCUUGGCAGUGGCAUUCACCUUUCCAUUUAUUACUACAGUAACCUGCUACUUACUGAUUAUUCGUAGCCUGAGGAGUGGGAACAGAGUUGAGAAGCACCUGAAGGAAAAAGCCAUCAAGAUGAUCAUAGUUGUUCUCAUGAUCUUUCUGGUCUGCUUCGUACCCUAUCACAUCAAUCGCUACAUUUACGUUCUCCAUUAUGAUGGCACCAAGACUUCCUGUGAAACCAAGCGAGUCCUGGCACUCAGUAACCGCAUCACUUCCUGCCUUACCAGCCUGAAUGGCGCCCUUGACCCAGUGAUGUAUUUCUUUGUGGCUGAGAAGUUCCGUGAGGCCUUGUGCAGCUUGUUUUGUGGCAAAAGAGCUGCAAUGAUGCCUCCAAGUUAUGAAGGGAAGACAAAUGAGAGCUCACUGAGUGCUAAAUCUGAAUUCUGAGCAAGUGAUCAUAUUUGUUGUCACUUCCGGGCACAACACAGCCAAGAGACUCUCUAGAGAGUAAAGGCAAGUGACCCCAAGGACAAAGAUGUUAUCCCCAGAGUCAGUAUCAUUCCUGCAAUAUCAGGGAGGAGAGUUCAGUUAUUCUAUGCAGCUACAACCAGAAAUGGCUCAUCUCCGCCAGAAGACAGAUUGUAACCUCAGUAAAUCACAAGACAUCUGAACAUGAAUGCAACAGCAGCAGCAUCUGUUGCCCAAUCCUGAAGCUGAGGCCUGAAUAUUUAGGGAUGGGGGAAGGAAACAAGAAUGUAAUCAAUCCAUGAUUUCUCCAUCUAAGAGUUUUAUACUCAAGGCUCAUUCAAGCAAAUGUUGGCCACCCUGAGAAACAGAACAACUGGAAUUCAAGGACUAAGGCCUGGUCUACACUGGGGCGGGGAGAGAGGGGAGAUUCGAUCUAAGAUACGCAACUUCAGCUAUGAGAAUAGCGUAGCUGAAGUCGACAUAUCUUAGAUUGAAUUAAAAUUACAUACUUCGUGUCCUCGCGGCACAGGAUCAACGGCCGCGGCUCCCUGUCAACUUUGCUUCUGCCUCUCGCACUGCUGGAGUUCAGCAGUAGAUGGGAGAGCGAUCGGGGACUGAUUCAUCACAUCUACACUACACACAAUAAAUCAAUCCCCAAUAGAUUGAUCGCUACCCACCAAUCCGGUGGGUAGUGUAGACGUAUGUUUAGAUUCAAUGGCUGAUUGCCUCUUGCCCAACAUGCACACCCUCCCUUGAAAUACUAUGUUGUGCCAGCCAAAAUGAUUCAGUCCUGGGGUAUCAGAGGAGAACAGUAGUGUCUCUGGAUCUAUUGUGAAUAUUUUCAGAGAGUUGGGGGGAUAUCGUAUUCCUGUUGAAUAGGGGGAAAGGGAAACCUGUGGCUGGAAUAAAUGGAAGACAUCCUGAUUCCCGAGGGAUGUCAAGUUAUUAUCGCCACAGGCCUCUUGUCUAUGCCCAGGAUUUGGGAAUGAGCAGUAAACAUCAUGCUAAUAUUUCAACCUGUCCUUGGGUUUGUGGUCUAAGGCCCUAGGAGCUGCCUUCAGUUACAGGCAGCAUUUUCUGAACAAGCCUUGGGGUGUAGUCCUGUUUGAAUUAUCAAUCACCUUAAUAAUGUCAGGCUAAAAUAAAAGGGAAUGGAAAGAAGUCUCAUAAAAAAAAAUCAGUAAAGGGAAUAUCUUCCAUUGGUUUAUAAAUGCUGAACCCUACAACUGAAUCCCUGUAAGAAAAAACCAAGAAGAUGAAAAGUAGAUGUGUUGAAAGUGUGAAACCCAGUCUUCUUGGGGAAAGCCUUAAAGCUCUUUCAGAGUGUUUUGAUUAGUCUGAAAAACAUUUCAUUUGCUAAAUAUGAUCACUAACCUAGUUUAGCUUAACUACCCUCACUGAUAAAUGUUGCACCCAAUGGAACAUAUUUGGGUAUUAAAACAAGCAGGGGAGGUAGGAGAAAUCCCAUGCUAUAAAAGGAGAAGAGCAGAAGAACCCUUUGUGUCCACUAGGAACCUUGCUAAGCCAAUCAUAUUUGCCUCUGAAAUGCUUAGGUACAGCAGUGAUGAGUACAAUAGAAAGCCAUAUGAUAGAUCAAUCUUAUUUACAUAUUCUACUCAUGCCCUUGGGAAGGAGCUCUCGAUGUCUCCAAGAGUUUAGAUCCUAAAUUAUGAAAUCAAAUAACUUUUUAUCUUGGUUAAGUUUCUGGAAUCCUGACUGCUUUCCCAGCUGGUACCCAGCCUGCUCAAAGGCACUGGCCAAUUAGAGACAUAAGCCAAGAAGCCAAAAGGAAAAUCCAUUAACUGUAAUUCUGGAUGCCUAGAGACUGGUGUUAUACGGAGGAUUACUUGAACAGGAAGUAAUUAUGGAAGGUUCCCUGGUGGACAGGGUGAAGCAAAUAAUCCUCUUUCCUUUUCCCACGUUGAUCACGUCAGCGGGUAGAAACAUCAACUCAAUGACUCUCCCAACCCCUGCUGGACAGAGGUAUAACAGUUUGAAGUUAAUCCACUGUGCUUCAGAAUUCAAAGCUAUCUGUCAAACCGUCUGUCUCUCUUCUUACCAGGAUGUGCUUUUGUACAAGUUUCAUGUCCUCUUUGUAUUAUUUUUGUCAUUAAUUUUUUUAAAACAAAAAACUUUUUGGACUUGUUCAGACCUAUUAUACAUACAUAAAAUAAAUAGUUUAAAAGGAUCAGUGAGGAGAUGGUCUUUUUAUUAACAGAGGCUCCCCCUCAGUCUCUCAUGCCCCUUUCUCUCUCACAUGCAAGCCAGCACCACGCCUGGAAUCCUUUCCUCUUCACACAGCCUCCUGCCCAUUCACUCAAAUCCUGGCAAUCUACUGGCAUUCCGCCUUCAGGCCCCUCCUCUACCCAUAUGUCCUUGAUAGUCAGUGUCCUGUCCAUUGCCCUUUCUCUACCCAUCUCUCACUUUCCAACAACUUAGUCCUACUCAGGGCUUAUUCUGUGCCUUUCUAUUCUUUACCUGCCUCUGUGUUUUUGUUUUAUUGCGCUAACAGACCUCCUGCUCCCACAUCCACAAUGUACCGGGCUAAGCCCCUGUGGCUCUGCUC